AUGGAGGUGCCAGAACUCACCUGCCCUGCCUCACCUGCCAGGGACCAGCCAGCUCCUGCUCCUGGCCCCCCAGGGGCCCCAGGUGGGCAGGCCUCACCUCGCCUGACCCUGGGCCCUGUCAUCCUGCCGCCAGAGCAGGGCCUGGCCCCCACUGUGUUCCUGAAGGCCCUGCCCAUCCCAUUGUACCACACAGUGCCUCCUGGGGGCCUCCAGCCGCGCGCCCCCCUAGUGACAGGCAGCCUGGAUGGGGGCAACGUGCCCUUCAUUCUCAGCCCCCUGCUGCAGCCGGAAGGACUUGGCCCCACCCAGAUGGGGAAGCCAGUGGCUCCAACGCUCACCGUGAACAUCGUGGGUGCUCUGCCUGUCCUGUCGCCGGGCCUGGGGCCCACGCUGGGCAGCCCGGGCAAGGUGCGGAAUGCCGGCAAGUACCUGUGCCCUCACUGUGGCCGGGACUGCCUGAAGCCCAGUGUUUUGGAGAAGCACAUCCGGUCCCACACGGGUGAGCGGCCCUUCCCAUGUGCCACAUGCGGCAUCGCUUUUAAGACCCAGAGCAACCUGUAUAAGCACAGGCGCACCCAGACGCACCUCAACAACUCUCGGCUGUCCUCGGAGUCCGACGGUGGUGGAGGCAGCCACCUGGAGGAGGGGGACAAGGCUGGAGAGACCUCCAGAGCAGAUGGCAGAGGGGACAGCUGGAGCCAGAGAGUGCGCGAUGCGGCCCAAUCAGAGAGACCCCUUUCUCCAGGCGCCCAGCGUGCUGGACACUGCCCACUGCCCACCACGCGUCUGUUCCCUGUUGCCAAGAACCUAGAUCUGAAGUUGGAAGCUAUUCCCUGUCCAGGGUCCACAUUCACUGACAGAGAGGCCCCUUUGGACUCUACCCAUACCGCGUCUGCUGGGCUCCCAGUGGCCGGCACACAGCCGAGGCGUAAGCUCCUGGAACAGAAGUCUCCGACCGCCAGCAGGUCGUGCUUCGUGCAGCAGCAGCAGCAGCAGGCGAUGUCCGCGGAGAAGCCCUGGGACCCCAAGGCCUCGGAGGGCCGGCUGAGGAAGUGCGAGAGCACCGACUCAGGCUACUUGUCCCGCUCAGACAGCGUGGAGCAGCCGCUGGCACCUUCUAGUCCCCUGCACAGCCUUUCGGAGCACAGUGCUGAGUCCGAGGGGGAGGGCGCCCCAGGGCCCGGAGGCGCCAGGGCUGAGCCGGGGGAGCAGGGGCCCAGCUUGGAGCUGGAGAAGAAGCAGCUGGAGGAGCGCAUCGCCAGGCUCAUCUCACACAACCAGGCCGUGGUGGACGACUCCCAGCUGGACAACGUGCGGCCCCGCAAGACGGUCCUGUCCAAGCAGGGCAGCAUCGACCUGCCCAUGCCUUACACCUACAAGGACUCCUUCCACUUUGACCUCCGGGCCCUGGAGCCUGGACGGAGGAGGCAGGCCGCCCUGUGCUCGGCCCGCUCCACCUUCACCCCCCUGGACAAGACGCGACCCCUCUUCUUUCACUCGGUCCCCACUCAGCUCUCCACCACCGUGGAGUGUGUGCCGGUCACCAGGAGCAACUCACUGCCCUUCGUCGAGGGCACCAGAAUGUGGCAGGAGCCGCUGGACCCCCAGGACACCUGCCCCAGGAGGCAGAAGCCUCUGAGCCCCAGGCCCACCCCUGCCCGACUGGUGGGUGUCCCCAGCAGUCACCCCCGGGCCCUGGUCAGACAGGCCGCAGUGGAGGACCUGCCGUGUCCGCCCACUGGAGACACUCCGGCCCCUGCAGAGGCCCCAGAUGGAAAAAGAACUGCUGUAGGGGAGAGGGGUGCUGGCCAGGCCAGAGCGACCAGUAGGAAAGGCAGCCAGAGGAAGCUGAAGAUGUUCUCCCAAGAAAAGUGGCAGGUGUAUGGGAGCGAGACGUUCAAGAGAAUUUACCAGAAAAUGAGAGCCAGCCACCACGGAAGCAGGAAGGCAAAGGAGGAGACAGUGGGCAGUGGGACGGGGCUGGACCAUCCUCUCCAGGCGGAGGCAGCAGGGUGCAAGGGCGCAGCCCCGGCCCAGGAUGAGAGGACCCCUGUCCUUGGGGACAUUUCUGUGGGGGCCAAGCCAGGGCCUUGGGGAAGUCUGCCAGCCCCAGAGGGCUUCUUGGUGACUGAGCCCCAGAAGCAGAGGGAGACAGUGGCUAGAGCGGGAGGCAGUGACCAGCCUGGGGUGAACAGGGCCACCUCACCCCCAACUCUCAGCUGCACAGAACCCCCCUGUUUGGGUAGCAAGAGCCCUCAGAUUCCUCCAAAGGGGAGGCUGGAGCUGGGGUGUCAGCUGUCCCCAGCACCUGGUCCCCUCAAAGAAAGUGACCUACAGGCUCCCAGGCUGGCUUCACCAGACCCCAAGCUGGAAGGAGGCACCUGUAAUGGUAGGGGCACAAAGACCUGUCAGCGGGCCCAGACCGUCCUCAGGCAGCCCAGUAGUAACUCUGGGGAGCCCCAGGCUCUGGAAGACAAGCUCCCCUCGGAGAGGAAGAAGCUGAAAGUGGAGGAGCUGAGCUGCCAGGAGCAAUCGGAGUGUUCGGGAGCAGAAGGAGAGGCGCCCGGCAGCCCCAUGCAGGCUGCCUCCCCAUCAUCUCAGAACCAGGACAGUGGCCCUGGGAACAAGCUAGGAGGGCUGCAUGGCAGCAGCGACUGCAUGGCGAGGGGCAGUGCUGGACAACAGGGCAAGCCCCUGGAGACCUCUAGCGCCUCAUCCGCUGCUUCUUCAGUGGCGCUGUGGCAGGCGGGGCCGAGGGCCGAGGGGCCCUCCCUGUGCCCUGCAGCUGCAGCCACCAUGAGUCCCUCCCAGCCGGCUGUCCAGCCUCGGCCUCCUGGUGCCCUUGCCGCCCCGGCGGACGCUGCCUUUCCUCCUAAGUACCUCCUCAGGUUACCUCAGGGAGAGACCCACCCCUCUCCGCUCGAUGCCCGGGGACCAGCGCAAGGCCAGGCCCCUGUCUGUGGGAGAAGGUGUCCCGAAGAGCGGGCACCAUUUGUGGAGUCAGGGCUGGGGGCCCUCCUGCCUCCCAGCGCAGUCUCGGGCCUGGCCCCCGGUGGAGAAGACAGCUUCGAGGAGGAUCCCUGCCGGUCCAGGCUGGGGGACUGGAGAAAGGGGGUGCAGGGAGACGAGAAAGGAGACCUGGACACCAGCACCCCAGCAGCUGGAGAGUCUCCUGGCUUGGCUGCUGGAGCCCCCAGGGAGACAGCCUCCUUCCUGCCUACGCCAGUGUGUGACUCCCCCAGGAGUGCGACCCGUGACACCCGCCACCUCUGCAUGGGCAGCACUUUGGCGAGGGCCAGGCCCUCUGGGGGUGUCCUGAAUCCCUGGGCACCCAACAGGGAGCUGAGGGCUCCUCCCAAGAGUGCCCCAGAAGACCCUCCUUCUGGGUCCCUGGCAGGGCCCAGUGCCUGCUGCUCCCUCUGGCCCAGCUCCUUCCUCUCGGCCCCCAUGCCCUCGGGCUGGCCUGAGCUGGCCUUGUGUCCCCACUCAGAGACCCCUGGGAGCUCCAGGGCACGGGGUCCUUUCCCUACCCUGAGGGCAGAGCCCCUGCUCGUCUGGUGUUGUCUGAGCCGCAGCCUCCCUCUGCCCAUGGAGCAGAAGGAGAAGGCUGCUUCCGUGUACUUGGCGCUGCACUCCCCUGGGGGCACCCCCCGGGACGAGGGCCCGGACGCCCAGCCGGGGCGCAAGGCUGUGUCGGGAGGAUGGCCCAGGACAAGCCCAGGAGAAGGAGGGCAGGCACAGACGUUGAAGCUCUCCCACCCGUUAGCCCCAGGGAUGGCGUCCCAGGACCCGGUGACUGAGCAGGAGUGGAAAAAAGGACUGCGUCGUAGGAGAGUGAAGAUGUCUCGUGGGAGCAGCAAGCAGAAAAAACUGAGCCUCAACUCCAAAAGGUACAAAGGGAAUUUCUCACAGAGCCGAGUUCAGCUGCGAGCCGGCAGACUGCGCAAGCCUCUCUGGGUGCCGAGGAAAGAUUGCCCCCCGCCUCCGCUCAAGGGGCUGGGGCCACGCAGGGCCCUCCAGCAGGCUUCUUCAGAAACGGCAGGUGUAAAUCUGCAAGGGGAGCCAUCUUAUGCCGUCUCAGAAUUGUCUCUUCGUUGUGGAAACGGAGAGGAGGAGGAGGAUGGCGGUGGACAAAUCUCAGGAAGCUUCUCUCCUGACAUAAGUUCAAGGACUGCCGAGGAAACAGAGGAAACAACCGUGAAGGCUAUUUCUCCAUCUGCUGGUGAGCACGGUGACUGUUGUCCUCAGAACACUGCUGUUGGGUCAGGAUUAUCUGUGCAAUCCGAUUCCCGCAUGGCAGUGGCUAACGACAGCCUGCUGUCCUGUGGCAAAGGUCUUGACAUGGGAUUGCUCGAGCUUCAGCUCCUGCCCUCUCAGGAGCAAGUCUCAGUAGACCCCAAACUGUGCGUUUUCUUGGAUGCUCAAGAGCCUUCUUCCUUGGAGUCCAAAGGAACAUCUCCCCGCCAUGAUGUUGCUACCUCUGUGGCCACCACUUGUACUUCUGUCGGGGCAAGAGCAGGUGACACAACCCUGGGAAUUCACAGUGCAGAGCCACAAGACUACAGCCAGGCUGCGGGAGAGACUCUGACACAGAGCUCCCCAGACAGAAAAGCCAGAGCAGAGGGCAUAUCACCAUCACUCUUGCCAGGGAAAUCUUCAUCCGGACAAAGAAUUUCAGGUUCAGUUCCAUUGGGUUCAACUGGAAAAACUCAUCUUGAAAUACCAGCUUCAGGACCAGACUCAACUAGCUCACCCCAAGAGGAAGGGAGACACAAGACACCUUUUCCUUCCAGGGGGCAGCACGAGUGUGGGGAAGUGGUUGUCUCCUGCCCUCCUGUAGGAAAGGACAGUGGGAAAUGUCAAGUGUCUGGAUUAAUCACUCUGAAAGAUUGUGUGGUUCCUUUUAACCCAGGGCAGCCCACAGAAUUCCCUGAAGCCCCUUUGAAAACAAUCAGGAAGAGGAGUUUGGAAGGAAUGAGAAAGCAAACUCGAGUGGAAUUCAGCGACACCAGCAGUGAUGACGAAGACCGAUUAGUGAUAGAAAUAUGAAGCUUCCAGAGAAAGACCGCUUCUACAGUCAAAGACUGGUGAUGCUUCACAAGUGAAUGUCAAGCUGGCAGAACUGAACUCUAUCCGUGAAGCACCUGCAGAUUAGGAAAGCCAU